UAAAAUUAUGUGGCGUAAAGGCGUCUGGAUUCAUUCAAUUGCCCAUCAUCAUCAUCCAUCAUCAAUAUCUCUUCCUUCCUUCCUUCCUUCCUUCCUAUGGGCUUCCCAGAUUGGAUCUGGUAAAGGCCGCCUCAGCACAAGAAGAUAAUCGUCGGCCGUAAACUAAUUUUGAUUCGUCACUCGGCGUUUGGUCGACGAUCUCCGUUCACCGGUGACAAUAAAUCUCGUAUUCAAGGAUUCAAAUCGAAGAAGAAGAAGAAGAAGAAGAAGAAGAAGAAGAAGAAAGGGAGAAGGAUCAGAUCUUGAGUUUUUUUCGUUAUCAGGAGGAGUUGGAGGAGGUUGAUCUUAUCCGUCUGUUGUUUAAUCGUUGUGGAAGUUCCUAGCCAAAAUCAUCGGUACGCGGCGAGGUUUUAAAGAAGAAGAGAGAACAGGUACUUAAAACCCUAAUGAUUGAUUGAUUUAUGCUCGUUUUUUAAUUGGUUAAGCCUCAUUGGAUGCCAGAUCUAGGAUCUCGGACGACGUAGUUAGGGUUUUCUUCGAAAGAGCUGAGAAUAGAGGCUCACGAACAGCGUCACCAGUUGUGUAUGAAUCAUGGCUGCUUUUAGGGUUCUACGGUGGGUGUCGUCGCUAGAAUCUACGACCUGGGAGCAUCUGGAGAUAUUGCUGUCGAAUAUUCGAGUUUCACAUAGAGACAGGACGAUAUGAAACCAAGCGCCCAUAGCAAAUAUAGCGAUUUGGGCAGGGCUAUAAAUGAAAAAACACUAGUUCUUUUACCCAUCAUUAUUAACAUCUUGGAAGAUUUCACAAAACCUGGUUUCUUUAUGGAGUUUGCUGCCCGGGCAAUGGACCCCAACUCGUAAGACAUUCGGAUGGAUAGGCAGCGGAUGUGUUUCGCUGGAAAUAUUCCUCUGACGCUCCGAUUGGCAUAGGCUGCAUUGAAAUAUAGUAGAAGCUAUUCCUGAAUCAACUUUGAAUACAGGAAGUGUUGGUGAAUAAUCACAAAACCUGGUUUCUUUUUGCUGGAUGUGAUGUCUGAUUUUUACAUGUCUUAACUGGAUCUCAGCCCUAGCGAAGUUCUAACAUUUUAUGCUUGCUUUCAACAAAGUGGCCAUCCCUGGGCUUGUUAUUUGUCUUGGGAAUAAUUCAAAGGGAACUUGUUGCCUUUGGUGUUCUCAGCGAGAAGAAGUUUCAUUCAAGAAAGUCUGCUAGGUGGUUAUCUACCAAAAAGAAAGCUUUAUUCUUCUGGUUGAAAUUGUUGUCCUUGUCAGUUAAUUGUUGAGAUGGCUACAUAAAGGUUGGGGGGUUGGGCUCCUCCUCUAAUAAUGGUUUUUCUUGAAGCUAUAUUGGCCAGCAGGGUUGGGCUCCUCCUCUAAUCUCUAUAUGUUGGUCUGUGCUCUUAUUUUCCAUUCUAUGAUCAAGAAUUCAAAACCAGUGAUAUCCAUGUUCUGGGUUUUUAGUGGAGGAUUGAUUAUUGAUAGGAGUGGUGAUGUUUCCUGCGAAAAAAUAUUUUAAUAUUUAAAAGCAUGUUGGACAAACUCAUGCUUGCUUGUACAAUGCGCAAUUUUGAACACGAACUCAAAAUCGAGUGCAUCCUCAAUUAACUUUUGACACCCUUCUGUACUUGUGCCGGAUUAGUUUCUCCUGUGGACUUAACUUGCAAGACUUGUGGAAGACCAUCUAUUGAAGGAAUCGGACAUUCCUUUGUAAACAUGCUGGGCACCUCCAAUCUAGAGCUUAGUGAUUAUAUGAAUCCUCAGCUGACUUGGAAGACAGUGAAAAAAGGCUUUAGAAGUUCAUCUAGGCGUUCAAGGAAGCCUACCAGGACGUUGAAUGUGGGCGUGCAACAGGUUGAUAAGAGCAGUAAAAGGGAGAAGCCAUCGGUUGCUGAGUCAGAGAAGCUUGGUGUUGCUGUUCUUGGGCGACGUUUUGCUGAGAAAAUAGAGCAUGUUCCAAUUAAGAAAAGGAGACCACCGCACCAGUCUCCUACAACACCACCUCGAACCCCCUCACCACAUCGUGAAGAGUCUCUAUCAUCUCAGCCUUCCUCUUCUCCACAACCUGAUGAUUUUGAUCAGAAAACAGAGAAUAAAGGUAUUUCAAGUCCAUGGUGGUGUUCAGAUGAUAGUUGUUUCCCUAUGGCAGUGCAGUUGAGCAUGAAGAAUGAUUUUGUGAAUAAUCGAAAGCGUUCCAAGGUAUGUAAUGGAAAACGUGGUUACACGGAAGACUUCUCAGGUAUUGCACUUCUUGCUGCUGCCGCAUGCAAUAGCAGCACUAGUGAUGAUGCUCAGGAAGAUAAGAAUGGUCCAACAGUAGAUGAUUUCUUGACAUCAGGUCAAAUUGUCUCUUCGAUAUCUGCUACACGUUUAGAGAAAACUACUACAUCCUCGGAAUCAGGAAAUCUGUUUCUGAAAGAGUCUGAAAAGGAAGAGAGUAUUGAUGAUUUGGUAGUUCAGGACAAUUCUGUGGUUUUGUCGCAGAAUUUACUGGAUAAGGGAGAUAGCGCCAGAAAGAGUUCAUCUUCUAAGAAAGAAGUCAGGCUACACUGGGAUCUGAAUACUGUGAUGGAGGCGUGGGAGCUACCCCCCGAUGAUCUAAACACUGGUUCUCAAAGAAAUGGUUCUGAUGAUGCCCCUGAUGUUAUUGUGCAUGGUGAAAAGCCAGAGAAAUUGGAAGGUUGUGUCAGUUAUAGGGAACAUGUGCACGCUCCGGAACAGUUAAAUUAUUCUGCUGCCAGAACUGAGGUGUCUACUCAGUUUUUCAGCGAGGAUAAAUCCCUUGAUACUUGUCUUUUCCCUGGAUCUGAGCCCAUCUCAAACAGGCGUCUUUCAGAGGAAAAGAUAAAUUCAUCUCCUACCAGUGUAAUCAUAUCGAACACGGAAGCUUCUAGCAGAACUUCUGCCAUCCUACUUGGCCAAAAGGUAUUCAUAGAGAAUGUUGAUCCAGGUAUUCACCUUGAUAUGGCAAUAUCGGGUAAGGUUGUUUGUGCGAGUGACAGCAUUCAAGCCCAAGAAGUUUCUACAAAAGCAGUUGAUUUACCUGGUAAUAGAACCUCUCCAACAGAGUUGGUUAGUUCAGCCACCCGUCAAAUGUCAGAUGUGGGGUAUGCAAGUAAAUCCGGGAAAUCAGGUCUUUCCAACGCUUCACCUGUUCAUGACAAUUCUUCUGGAUUAGGCACCACUUUUAGAGAAGGGCAACCUAUUGUUGCCAUUGAUGUGGAGAGGAAACAAGACAAAGAAGUUCCUACUGCAGAUGCUAUUCCUAUGGAUUCUUCAUUCCAUUGGGAGAUGAAGGAACUCACGCCCAAGUAUUAUGAAUGUUUUGGAAAGGUUGAUUUAGCAGAUGCUAUUGAUGAUGGGAAGGGCUUAGAUGUAUCUAACAGAAGAAAUGGUCCUACUGUCUGUGCUGAGAAGAUGAACCAGAUUGAGGGGGGUUACGAGUCUCCAUUCGAGGAUGGAGAACUGCGGGAGUCAGUCGUAUAUUCCUGUGAGGAGAAUGACGGUGACGGUGAAACUGAAUGUGUGGACUAUGAUUCUGAUUGCAGAGACAGAGAUGAAUUUAAUGCUGCUAAUCAAUGUUCGUCAGAAGUUGGUUCUCACAGUUACGUAAAUGGCGACAAUGGAGGUUUUCCAGAUAAAGAAUUGCAGUCUGGAAGAGCUAAUCCUCUUAAGGAAUCAAGCCAUUCGUCUUGUUUGAUGACGCGUGCUGGGCAGAAUCAUUUUCCUGAAGGUUUUGAAUGUUAUACUGAAAGGACUGGUGAAGCAAAUAACAUUGGCGCACAAAAAAAAUUUGCUGCUGAAUUGAUGGAAGGACAUGAUGUUAUAGGUUCUUCUGCUGGAGAGGUUGGCUCAAGGGCAAGCAGGGCCAUUUUUUCAUCGAAUUUUGAAGGAACAUCUUGUUCCGAUGCCUUUCAUAGAAGUGAUAAUGUUUCUAUGCAGCGGGGAAGGAAUGACACCUGUUUUCAACCUGGAAGGAUGUUCAAUUCUGAAAAGUACUUGGAAAGGGAUAGAUCACUACAGCGUCGAAACCAAGGGGAUUCAAGAAACUAUUAUCAAACUGGCUACUCACAAGGUACUCGGUACACCAGGCCAAGAAGUAUUGCUAAUUCUGGGGCAAAGAUUGACGGAUUGACCUUUCGUGAUCGGAGACGAUAUACGAACUAUUCCUCGAAGGAUGAGCAUAGACCCCCAAUUAGACAGAGAUCACCAGCUGACAGUGAUGAUGGUUAUGGUGCAUCUAGGAGAACGGUAGUGUCAAGAGAGAACAUUGACCACAUUAGGAGUAGAGGCAGGGGCAGAAUAUAUGGGCAGGGGUUUAGUAGAGUCCCGAGGGAGGAGUACGAUGGACCUAUGUCUAACAACCCUGCAUCGUUUUCUGUCCGUCCGCCGCAUUAUAUUUCUAGGAGGGAACACAGCUUUUCUCCCAUCCGUGGUAGAGGAGCUAGUUUUUCCGGACCCCAACAGAAUUCUCGAUCGCGAUCGAGAAGCAGAUCACUUACAUUUCGUGUGCAGAGGGGAAGGAACAUGGGAGUAAGACGCCUGAGUAGAUCUCCAGAAUUCAGGUCUGAUGCCAGGAUGGGGAGAGGAAGGAUGCCCUUUCCGAAGUCCAAUCAUGCAACAUAUGAUGAAGAUGGUCCCAUAUGCCCAUCAAGAACUCACUUCUCGUCACAGCGUCAUCCCAGAUGGAUCGAUGAUGAAAAUUGCGAGUCCAAUAGUUUUGUGGAGAGAAAAUCACCAGGAAGAUUGAUUGGUGCAAGACAAAAGUUCAAUUUUGGGGGGUGUCGUGGAAGAACAAAGUCAGAUGAGUGUUUUAGACCCUUGAUACGGCCUGGAAGGUUUGCUGAUUAUUCUGAUGGGGGUGAUAGGGAACAUAAGUAUAAUGGAGAUAACAGGGAGAGGACAAAAUAUCACGACAAAUAUGAUAACAUUGAGAAGAAUCAUGGUCUGAGGCGCUGUAACACCAGUGGUGUGACAAGGCGGUUCCGCAUCGAUGAAAAAGGUUGUUCUAUGUUGCGUAAUAGUCUCAAUGAAGAAAGCUGCAUUAACGGUACUGACAGAAGGGAUAUACAAAGGAGCACCACGGAAGGGCAAAGUCCUUUCAGAUUUAGCAGUGAAAGGAUGUAUGCUUCUGGCCCCAAGUUGUCUAGAAUUUUGUGUGAUUCUAAUGGUGAUGUAUCACCCAGUAGAGGAUGACCGAUGCGGCCUUUGCAAUCAUAGGCUUUUCCUUUUUGUGCGGUUUUUGCAGUAGAUAGGAUAUCUUACACCUGAUCAGAUUCUUUUUCUCCUUUUGGUAGAUAUAUAUAUUUUUUGAAUUGUUGAGCUGCCUCAUUCUAGCUGGCAGUGCUUAGUGCUUCUGGAAGUUAUUGUUAACCAUUCUAUUUUCGUUGAGGGAUUCUAAUGGUUUUAUUGUA